GUUGUGGAUGGUGAAAGAGAGGAAAAAAAAAACGAAAGAAAGAGUAAGGGUACUAUUGUCCCUUUUCAUCAAAUGUUGGCGGUUUUGAUAAAAUAUUGUUGACGGUGUUUGACACCCCCAUCAAUUUAAGUAAAACCGAUAAUGGUUGUUACGGUAGCAACCAACUAACUUUAUCUCUCCUUUGACUCCUUGAUUGUUUGACUUUACCAAAGUAAUACAGUACUGUAGCCGUGUAGCGUCUAACUACACAUCUACCAGAAAGUACAGAACUCGGUAGAACCUAAUAAAUUUGGAAAUAACGCCCGCCAUUGGAGCAAACCUUCAGGAAAACUUUGAGAGAUAAGAUGAGCGUAAAUUGGGAUGAUUGGGUUGAAGAAGCGCUUUCCAAGUUAGAAUCUCUGAAAUUGUUACGUUUCCUUAGACCCAUCAAUGUCUCCAACAAUUCAUCCUUUUUUUAUGGGCAUGCAUACCAAGUGUUCGACAAUUUGCGUCAAUGGGAUCGUUCCUCUGUAGAAGUCAUGAUUUCUGAGUCUACUUUUCGCAAUUGGCUCAAUGAUAAUCCUAGUUGUGGAUCAAUUGAAGUGCCUAAAGGUGAAGAGGCCAAUGAAGGAGAAUUGUAUUCUUGCAGUGGCAGGAAGCUACUGCUGUUCUCUGGAAAUGAUUACUUGGGUUUAAGUGCACAUCCCACAGUUAGAAUGGCUGCUGCUAAGGCAGCCCAAGAGCACGGGAUGGGUCCAAGAGGCUCUGCAUUGAUAUGUGGUUAUACAGAUUAUCAUGGGCAUUUGGAGGCAAGUUUAGCAAAGUUGAAGAAGAAAGAGGAUUGUCUUCUUUGCCCUACUGGUUUUGCUGCGAAUAUGGCCUUCAUGGUUGCAGCAGGAAGCAUUGCCUCUCUCUUGGCUUCCGGCAAAAUACCUCAUAGAACUGAAAAAGUUGCCGUCUUCUCUGAUGCCCUUAAUCAUGCAUCAAUCAUUGAUGGUCUCCGACUUGGUGAACGCCUAAAUUGUAUAGAGACUUUUGUCUACCAACAUUGUGACAUGUUCCAUCUUGAUGCACUUCUAUCAGAUUGUACAAUUUCUAAGAAGGUGGUUGUGACGGAUAGCUUAUUUAGUAUGGAUGGAGACUUUGCACCUAUGAAUGAGCUUGUAACACUUCGGAAGAAGCAUAAAUUUUUGUUGGUUAUUGAUGAUGCUCAUGGAACAUUUACUUGUGGUAAAGAUGGUGGGGGAGUGGCUCAAGAGUUUGAUUGUGAAAGUGAUGUUGAUAUAUGUAUUGGCACAUUAAGUAAGGCCGCAGGUUGCACCGGAGGUUUCAUAGCAUGCAGUAAAAGGUGGAAACAACUUAUUAUGUCCAGGGGCCGUUCUUUUAUAUUUUCCACUGCUAUGCCGAUACCAAUGGCUGCUGCUGCCCAUGCUGCUACUUUUGUUGCUGAGAAAGAAGCCUGGCGUAGAAAAGCAAUCCAAGAACGGGUGCAAGACUUCCGAGACCUCACUGGAAUCCCCAUUACAAGUCACAUUGUCUCAAUUAUAGUGGGAAGUGAAGAGAAUUCCUUGCUAGCCAGUCGGUAUAUGCUGAAAUCUGGAUUUCAUGUUACUGCAAUUAGACCACCAACAGUCCCUCCUAAUUCUUGCAGACUGAGAAUAACUUUGAGCGCUGCACAUACAAGGAAGGAUGUAAAGAUGCUUGCUGUAGCAUUGUCUAAUUGUGUAAACUUCCAAGAUGUACAUGUUGAGACUCCUGAAUUACUGGCUAAGCUCUAGAAUUCAUUUUUUUUAUAAGCUAGUAUCUUUUGGUUCUACUUAAUUACAGUUGUACUAUUUAUACUAGAACUUAGGUCAGGCUAGAUUUGGUCAUUGAUAUUCUUUGACAGACAACUUUGUUUGAUAUUCUUUGACAGAAUUCAUUAAGGGAGUAAUGAGACAUGGUUCACAACAAUUUACUACCUUGGUCAA